GUUGAUGUCCUUGAUGGACGUUGAGGACGAUGUCGUGAGGAGUGUUAUUCACGCCUACGACCUUGGAGUACUACGGCAUUUCCAUAGUGUUUCGCGUAACGAAAAGUCCGUACGAAUUGCGGCCGGUUUUAAUGUGCUUUUGAAUUAGUGUAGUGGAUAAAUAGCCGUAAUUCGCGUGAACAUUAUAGCGAAGAAAGCCGAAGUUCCCACAUCACUUCAAGCUAUGUCAGGACUUUCUUCUGAUUCUGAUACAGAAGUAGUGUUUGAAGUAAGUGGAGAAGAAUGUGGUGUUCAAGGGCCUUUGAAAAGAAAGACUGUUAUUAAAGAUGGCAGAAGACCUGCAGUGUCAGCUUGGCAUAGAUACUGGGUUCAGUUGUGGGGUGGAGCUCUGGUUUAUUAUCAUCCAAAAAGUUUAACUUCAAGAGGACAGGAGCGAGCAGACUUCAAGACCUCACCUUGUAAACUUCAGCCUCUCAUUGGUCAGGGCAGUAAACUGGUGCUUGUUGGUCCACAAGAUGCCCAAUCCCAGCCUGAUGUAUUCCAGGUUAGGGUGUACACCUUGCUCUCUGAUCCAGGGAAAGCUACAAUAUACAAAUUUCGGGCACCUUCUGUAUCAGCUGCCAAGUCAUGGAUAUACAACCUUCAACAAGCAUUGACUGAGAACAUUCAGAGACCACCAGAGAACCUAAUUACUUUUGAAUAGAUCAAGAUGAUUAGUGGUGUCUUUUUGUUCUUCAAUAAGCAUAUGUGGUAUGCUCAAAAAGUUUUUAAUUUAUCCACAUGAAAGUAUGUUCUGGGUAAGAACAGAAUACAUAGUGUAUCAAAUGUUAAAGGAAGUGAUAGGGAGGCUGCCUAGCAAUCUGAACUAAUGGAAAACAAAUGUCCUCAUUGAAAAGCAAAUGUUGUGUGGAGUAGUGCAGCUUCAAAGAAAGAACUGUGAAGAGCAAAUUAAUCUUUCUCAUAAAUGAACGCAAGCUUGUAGUGUCAAAAGCCGUCUCUAGUUCUAGAAAGGAUAAUUGAGAAAGUACGUAAUAACAGGAUUUUGAUUUUAAAGUUUGUCAGUUCAGAAAAUAAAGUUGCAUCAUAUGAACCGUUAAUAUGGCAACAACGAAAUGUGGGUGAACUGUAAGUUGUGGGACACUAGUUGAGUGCCUGUGAAUAACAUCCGUUUUGCCUUCAUGAUCAAAGGAAACAUUAUUUAUGUUUGGGCCCACUGCAUCUGCCAGGUUGUGGCCCAUGUCCAUGCCAUAUUAGGUGCUGAAUUCUGACCAACAACUUUUGUAUUACUGUAAUUUGAUUCUAGUCCUUAAAUGACAAAAUGUUCUGCCAAAGGUUAUUUAAAUGUGUGUGUAAAAUCUGGUUAUUACAGGUCUAACUAAAUCAAGCAGUAAUGAAAUGGUUUGUCAAGUGCCUGAUUUUUCUCAAUGAAGGGCCACCAUAUAAAUGGCAUUAAAGUUAUUAAAUUCAGAAGAAUUGGGACAAUUUAUCUCUACUUCCUGUCAAUAUAAAUAGUUUUCAUACACUUCAGGAAAAAGAAGGUGAAGCAUAUUGAUUUUUCUAUUUUUGCCUCUUGUAAGAUGAUAAAAAUGAAGUACUGUACAGUACACAAAUUUUUGUAUGGCAUCACUUGAGACAUCAAGUGUAAAUAGUUUAUUACAGAUUGACUAUUUAUGGCAGUUGGACCUUAUAGUACCUUACUAGAUAUAAUGGUUAUUGUAAAAAUUCUUUAUAAUCAGAAAGAAAUGAAGAUCCUACAUUAUGUAAAGCCUCUAUGCCAACACGAUUUAUUGAAUGUUAUACUCAGGUGAGUGUCUUGAAGUACUGAUUUGUCGGACAGUUCGUCCUUGCUUGUUAAUAGUAGUACUUCAAAAGUGUUUUGCAAUAAUAUGAAAGUAAAAAGUUGGGAUAAUGAAUGUAAGUAGAAAUUCUUGUUUGUAUAUAUAAAACAUCAAUGUAUACUGUAGCUGUGCUGCUGUAAGAAUGAUCUAUUUCCCAAAUAUUGGCUUGCUCUCUCAAAUGUGUGUUUACUACACAGCCUUAGCUCACUUGUUUUUUGGACCUUGCUUACUUUGUGCAGCAGACAAUGUUAAAAGCUGGCUAUAUUUUCUCCUAAGGAGAAAAGGUCCAAGUUAUCCAGAAAGUGUACUGGCAAUGUGCAGCAUUGUGUAGCCUAUGUAAGAGCUUUGUACUGUAUUUUGUCUCCUUGACAGUGUGUAAUUGGAACUCCUUACCUUAACCUGUGGUGAACUGCUACACAUGUAAUUGCUCCUGUUAGUUAUUAAUCAUGGCUUUAAUCCAAGACAAUAAAUUUUAGGGCUUUUUCAAUGAGAUUUUUUUUGUACUAAAUUUUUUUUGUCAGCGGAGCAUUUUUGUGUAUCACUGUAGCUCUAGAAAUGAGAUCCUAAGAUUAUAUGUUAUAGAUAAAAAAGUAGAGGUAAUAAUACAGUUAAUUUACCAAAGAAUAAAAAAAAAAUUAGGAAAUUUGCACUGUUCCCUUUUCUAAUUUGUCCAGUGUACAUUUUAAAACCAUCAUAAAGGCCACUUCACUCUUUUUAAUAUCUAAAUCAUUUGAUUUUAGGCUGUGAAAUAUGUAAAGUUUUUUAUGCGCAUUAACAUAUUGUAUCAUACUUAUGUCUGGAAAUUCCAGAUGAUCGGUUAUCAUUGGGAAUUCCCCUAAUAGGUUUUUAAGCUACUUACCAUGAACCACUUUACUUAGCCAGUAGUAGUAGUAGUAUUCAGAUUUUAUAAUUUUUCAAAAUGGUUCAUGUACAUGAUGUAUAUAAAAUCCAUAACAUUAUCGUUACUUAAUACUCAUUCCAGAAUUUGUAUAGAUUCUCUCUUGUUCAGGAGAGAUGAAUCCAGUAUUAUGAAGUUUCAUUUUGGUUUUGUUUUGUACAUGAAGUUCUUUUUCACAAUAUAGUCAUAAAUUGUAAUCUAAGCUUGAAAGUGAUUGUAUGGUGUUGCUUAUUAAAAAAUAAAAACAGAAAAAUAUGGUAACUCAUCUGUAUACUGUGAGGUCAUUCCGAAAAAAAAUUCAUUGGCCAAACCAUUUUUUUUUUCUUAUUACAAUAUCCUUUCCAGAUUGUGAUAAUUCCUUUGCGUACAUUCCUCCUAACAGUAUGUUAUUUGCAAUUUCCAUUACCAUAUUGCGUUAGUAAUUUAAUCUUUGUGAAAGUCUUACUGUUGUUGUUUGGCCAAAUGAAAAGUGCCUUUCUUUAAAUGGGGUCUAAUUCUUUUGCGAUAAACUUGGCAUAACAUUUUGCACAUUAUGUAAGAAUUACUUGAAGAGAAACCUUAAAAGCAAGGCAUACACUGUUGCAACAUAUCCCAUGCUUUAACUAAGAAAAUUGAUUUUGUGGCUAUUGAGGUUAUCUACAUAAAUACUGUCACUUUGUUCAAUGAGUGCUCUUAACUCUGUGGCAAUAAAAUGGAUCUUUGUGCA